CCCAGUUAGCGAUCACUAUUUAAACGGGCUGACGCAACGACUUUUAAUAUCAAAACCUAUAUCCGAUUCACAAGUUACGGACACGUUAUAUCACCGCAGAUUUUGGACCUAAUACAGUGUCUAAAACCUACCACCACCACCAGAAGGGGAUUGCAGUCCAACUUGUGACGGUGGCGUAUGGUAGCUGGGUCUGACAUGAUGCCCGGUCAGAUCCCUGACCCUUCCCUGACGGCCGGCUCCUUGCCCAGCCUGGGCCUGCUGGCCGGCAUAUCUGCCACCACGCUCACCGACCAGCUCAAACUGGCACAGGACUUCAGGAACCUGGGCGCCAUGUUGUCACCGCUGCAUAUUCUGGGACGGCUGGGCAAGAGGCCGCUCACUGCUAUCAAGGGAGAGAUGGACGAGGACGAUGAGAGGAGGAGACGGAGGAGAGAUAAGAACAAAGUGGCAGCAGCACGAUGUCGGAACAAGAAGAAGGAGAGAACAGACUUCCUCCAAAGGGAGUCGGAGCGUCUGGAGGUGGUGAACUCCGACCUAAAGGCCCAAAUCGAAGAGCUGAGGAUGGAGAGACAGCAGCUAAUGGUGAUGCUCAACCUCCACCGCCCCACCUGCAUCGUCCGCACCGACAGCGUCAAGACCCCUGAGAGCGAGGCCAACCCCCUGCUCGAACUCCUGGCAUCCGAAAAGCUAGAGGCCUCUAAGUGAAACCACAGAGGGAAAGUGAAACCGAAGGGCGAGAAGGAAGGAAGUAAUCCGACAGGAAGAAAAGCAACUGUCGUCAAAGAAGACGAAAGAUUAAAAAAAUCACUUGAUGCUUUUGUUGUUGAAGCACUUAUGUACUGUGUGUUGAGCGCCAAGCUGGAGACUCAAGUAUGCCUUUGCCUAAAAGACCCGGGGUUGUUAGGGUUCCGUUGCCUCGGUAACACCUCGGUAACGUUACCCGAUUGAGUUCUGAGGGAAGAGGGAGGAGCCUAAAUGCCCAACCCAGUUAUCUCUGCGUCAUAAUAAGUGUUUUGUUUUUGAAACCAAGUCAGUGCCUCACCGUUUACUUACUCAAAACAACCACCAUUACAUUAAGGGACAGAUGGAAGAAGAUAUAUUGUGAUAUAUUUAUAUAUAGUGGAAACUAUCGUUUCGGGAAGGGGAAACACUAAGAUCAAUCACUAUGGUGCUCUGUUACCGGCACUUACCGACUCUGAGACAAACUGUAUACCAUGUUGAAAUACACAGGUGUACCCAGCCAGUAUACUGUAUACCACAUUGAAAUACACAGGUGUACCCAGCCAGUAUACUGUAUACCACAUUGAAAUACACAGGUGUACCCAGCUAGUAUACCAUGUUGAAAUACACAGGUGUACCCAGCCAGUAUACUGUAUACCAUGUUGAAAUACACAGGUGUACCCAGCCAGUAUACUGUAUACCACGUUGAAAUACACAGGUGUACCCAACCAGUAUACUGUAUACCACGUUGAAAUACACAGGUGUACCCAGCCAGUAUACUGUAUACCAUGUUGAAAUACACAGGUGUACCCAGCCAGUAUACUGUAUACCACGUUGAAAUACACAGGUGUAGCCAGCUAGUGUACUGUAUACCAUGUUGAAAUACACAGGUGUAUCCAGCCAGUAUACCAUGUUGAAAUACACAGGUGUAGCCAGCUAGUAUACUGUAUACCACGUUGAAAUACACAGGUGUACCCAGCCAGUAUACCAUGUUGAAAUACACAGGUGUACCCAGCCAGUAUACCAUGUUGAAAUACACAGGUGUACCCAGCCAGUAUACUGUAUACCAUGUUGAAAUACACAGGUGUAGCCAGCCAGUAUACUGUAUACCAUGUUGAAAUACACAGGUGUAGUACUAUUCUAGGAUUUGUUCAUUACCAAGUUGGAACAUAUUUUUAUUUCAUAUUAUAAUGCUUGUUGUUGUUGUUGUUGUUGUUGUUGUUGUAUAUCCUCUGCCUUGACGACGGCAGUAUCUGGUUGAUCCGAUUGGAGGUGACGCUGGCGUCAUGAAAUGAAAAGCACAUAUAUAUAUAUACUAUAUGAAAUAAUGUUUACGCUCCUGUUGUUUAUAAAAUAACAUUUAAAAAAAGGCAUUGUUAAUUCAAAUGUCUGUAUUUCAAUAUACUUAUUUUAUACCGUUUUUAUAAGUGACAUAUACAUUGUGUAUGAAAAGCCUUGUAAUUGUUGUAAUCACUUGAUGUGAUUUUUGUGCAUUUGACAUCAGUGUCUCGUUGUAUUUUUUCAAUAUUAAAAGGACCCAGAGCAGUCAAAAAAAAACAA